UGACCCGGGCCCGGCCGCAGGCGCGCGCGGGGGCGGUGGCGCCCGAGCCCAACUUGGCUUCGGCCUCGCCCUCUGCCCAGCCCGCUGGUGUCCCCUCCUUCCCGCGAUUUCGUUUCUUCUCACGCUCCCCCCACCCCCCGCGUCCAGCCCCGCUCUCUCCACCUUGUAAAACAAAGCCGGGGAAAAUGCCUGCCCGUGCAGCUCGGAGCGCGCAGCCCGUCUCUGAAUAAGAAUGGCGGCACCUGACUUGCUGGAUCCUAAAUCUGCCGCUCAGAACUCCAAACCGAGGCUCUCAUUUUCCACGAAACCUACAGUGCUUGCUUCCCGGGUGGAGAGUGACACGACCAUUAAUGUUAUGAAAUGGAAGACAGUCUCCACGAUUUUCCUGGUGGUUGUCCUCUAUCUGAUCAUCGGAGCCACCGUGUUCAAAGCAUUGGAACAGCCUCACGAGAUUUCACAGAGGACCACCAUCGUGAUCCAGAAGCAAACAUUCAUUUCCCAACACUCCUGUGUCAAUUCGACUGAGCUGGACGAACUCAUCCAGCAAAUAGUGGCAGCAAUAAAUGCAGGGAUUAUCCCUUUAGGAAACACCUCCAAUCAAAUCAGUCACUGGGAUUUGGGAAGUUCCUUCUUCUUUGCUGGCACUGUUAUUACAACCAUAGGAUUUGGAAACAUCUCACCGCGCACAGAAGGGGGAAAAAUAUUCUGUAUCAUCUAUGCCUUACUGGGAAUUCCCCUCUUUGGUUUUUUGUUGGCUGGAGUUGGAGAUCAAUUAGGGACCAUAUUUGGAAAAGGAAUUGCAAAAGUGGAAGAUACGUUUAUUAAGUGGAAUGUUAGUCAGACCAAGAUUCGCAUCAUCUCAACAAUCAUAUUUAUACUGUUUGGCUGUGUACUCUUUGUUGCUCUGCCUGCGAUCAUAUUCAAGCACAUAGAAGGCUGGAGUGCCCUGGACGCCAUUUAUUUUGUGGUUAUCACUUUAACAACCAUUGGAUUUGGCGACUACGUUGCAGGUGGAUCAGACAUUGAAUAUCUAGACUUCUAUAAGCCUGUCGUGUGGUUUUGGAUCCUUGUAGGCCUGGCUUACUUUGCUGCUGUCCUGAGCAUGAUUGGAGACUGGCUGCGAGUAAUAUCAAAAAAGACAAAAGAAGAGGUGGGAGAGUUCAGAGCUCAUGCUGCCGAGUGGACAGCCAACGUCACAGCUGAAUUCAAGGAAACCAGGAGGCGGCUGAGUGUGGAGAUUUAUGACAAGUUCCAGCGCGCCACCUCCAUCAAGCGGAAGCUCUCGGCAGAACUGGCUGGGAACCACAACCAGGAGCUGACUCCUUGUAGGAGGACCCUGUCAGUGAACCACCUAGCCAGCGAGAGGGAUGUCUUGCCUCCCUUACUGAAAACUGAAAGUAUCUAUUUGAACGGAUUGACGCCACACUGUGCAGGCGAGGAAAUUGCUGUUAUUGAGAACAUUAAAUAGCUCUCUCUUUGAAGAGCCUUAGGCAUAGCCAUAGGUGAGGACUUCUCUAUGCUUUUUAUGACUGUUGCUGGUAGCAUUUUUAAAAUUGUGCAUGAGCUCCAAAGGGGAAAAAAAUAGAUACACCCAUCAUGGUCAUCUAUCAUUAAGAGAAUUUGGAAUUCUGAGCCAGCACUAUAUUUUUGAUGAUGCUUGUUGAACGGUCCACUUUCUUUGACGAGUGGAAUAAAACAAGCCGUGUCUGAUGCCUUUUUGUGCCCAGACUGUUUUCCUCCCUUUUUUCCUAAUGUGCCAUAAGGCCUCAGAAUGAAUUAUAAUUGUUUCUGGUAAUAAUGUAGCUUCGAGGGAUCAGUCCUUAACUUUUCAGGGUCUACCUAACUGAGCCUAGAUAUGGACCAUUUAUGGAUGACAACAUUUCUUUUUGUAAAUGGCGAGAAAUUCUUAUGCAGCCUUUUACCUAAGAAAUUUUCUGUCAGUGCCUUAUCUUAUGAAGAAACAGAACCUCUCUAGCUAAUGUUUGGUUUCUCCUUCCCCACCCCACCCCACCCCUAGGCUCACCUCUGCAGUCCUUUACCUCACAACUCCCGUUUGAAUACUUGCUGGAAACAGUGUAUAAAAUGACUGAAAUGAUGAUGCCCGAAGAAUUAGAUGGACAUUGAAGCAACACUCAGAAACCCUAGCGUUAAAGGCACUGCAGAGAAAUGAGGUGCAAAGAUGGCCCCUCUGAGUAUUUAUUUGACUCAGGUACCAAUGGUACAUAUAUACAGUGUAAUUAUUACCAGGGUGGUAAAAUUGGCUGCUCCCAAACAGUCCCUUUAUUCCUGGCAGUAUUUGGAAUAUAUCUUUUAUUAAUAAUGAUACAUUUUUUAAAAGUGGAAGAAGAAAAU